AUGGCGGUGGCCAGGAUCGCCGCCGUCUUGACCGUGGCGGCGCUCUUCGCCGCGGCGGGGGCAGCGGAUCCCCAACCCGCAAAGGGAGCACAUUGCUGGCGGUACUACUCUUCCUGCAUGCACAAGUGCGACGUCGCCCAUAUCGCCGACGGCUACGACGACAGGGACGACGAUGACAAGGGCGACAAAAAGGAUGACGAUGACUACGGUGAUAAGAAUGACAAGGACGACGAUGAUAAGGAUGACAAGGAUGACGACGAUGAUGAUAAGGACAACAAGGACGACGACGACAACGACGAUGAUAAGGACGACGAUGAUGAGAAUGAUGAUAACGAUGACGACGACGACGACGACCACGACGACAGCCGCAGCGACUGGCGGAAGUACUUCAAAUGCAAGAAGAUGUGCAUCGUGGACUGCUACAGGAGCCUGCCGCCGGUGUGCUACAAGAUGUGCAUCUCGGAGACCUGCCUCAAUCACCCACCCUGCGGAUUGCUACAAAUCAUGCGGGCACAAAUGCUUGGACCACCACCACCACCACCACCAUCACCAUCACCACCACCACCCAAGCCCGGGUCCAAAGCCCCCGAGUCCGAAGCCACCAAAGCCGGAGCCAAAGCCGACGCCACCAAAGCCCACACCUCCAAAGCCCGCUCCACCGAAGCCCAUGCCGCCACCGUCGCCCAUAUCGCCGCCGUCGCCCAUGCCGCCGAAACCAACCCCGCCGAAGCCGCUGCUAAAGCGGCCGUGCCAUCCUAA